AUGGAGCAUCACACUGAGAUAAUCAAGAGUGGGUGCCAUAAGAUUCUGGAAGGAAUCAAUUCAAUGUCUUGGGUAAAUUUAGAUGACCAGCAAGUUCAUUCCUUAGUGAUGAUGAGAGAAAUUGCGCGCGGGGUUGUUGAUGAUCGAGAUAGAAAGGUGACUAAGAAUGACGUGAUUACUACGUUGCGCUACAGCAUUGAGAAAAUGGUGUGUGCAUCGAGAGAUAUCGUUCAUAUGUUAAGUAGGAUGUCCUAUGAAGGCUUGGAUGACCAGAGGAUGCAUUUAGUUUUGAGGAUGAAGGAAAUUGCUCAUGGGAUUGUUGAUAAGCAACCUAGAGUUGCAAUAACUACGUCUGAGAUACUUGUGGACCAAGUUUGCUUUGUGGAUGAAGGGGCGAGAGACAGUCCUGUGGUUGACUCGAUCAAGAUCAGCAAUGGGGAUAUUCUUAUUGAUGAGGCACAAAGCACGAUGCAUGAAGAUGAGAUGUUGGACGUGGAUCAGGUUUUAGGAUUUGAAAAUGGGAUAGAUGAAGUAGAAGAGUCUCUGCUGUCAUCCUGCUUUCAGCAAUUUCUUUUGUGGCCUUCCGAUGAUUGUGUCACCUUUGAGUGGACCUUUGUGGUGUUCAAAUUGAUAGAUGCUGCCUGUAAUGUUUUACGUAAAGAACCAAACUGUGUGGAGAUUAAUUGUCUUGGAGAGGAUUCAAGAGUCAUUGUUGUAGGCGAUAUACAUGGGCAGUUUCAUGAUUUAAUGUUUCUUUUGAAGCAUUUAGGAAUGCCUUCUGAGAACCAGUUUUAUGUUUUCAAUGGUAAUUAUGUUGAUGAAGGAGCUUGGGGCAUUGAGGUGUUCUUGGUCUUGCUAGCUUGGAAGGUCUUGAUGCCUCAGAGAGUGUAUCUACUCCGUGGAAAUCAUGAAUCAAGAUAUUGCACUGAACAAUAUGGUUUUAAGGAGGAGGUACAGACCAAAUAUGGUAAUCAAAGUGAAGAUGUGUACAAUAAAUUUCUGGAGUGUUUCAAGGAACUUCCAUUAGCAUCAGUUAUUGCCAACCGUGUUUAUACUACUCAUGGGGGGCUUUUUCGUAGCAUUCACGCUGCUGCUUCCGCUUCAGUAAAUCCAAAACAGAAAAUGACACAAAGGGUGGACCUUGGUUCUUUAGCUGAUUUAUCUCAAGUUAAAAGAACUUGCAUAGAUUCUCCACUUGAGGGUCCUAACAUAUUAUUGAGUGACAUUCUCUCGUCAAAACCAUUUAAUAGAGAUGGUCUGAGGGUUAAUGCAGGUCGGAAAUUAGGUUUAUGGUGCGGUCCUGAUUGCACCGAGGCUUUCUUAAAGCAGCACAAUUUGAAGCUGAUCAUCAGAUCACAUGAAGGACCUGAUGCAAGGGCUGGUAGGGAUGACUUUGGUGAUAUGUUGAAUGGAUACAGCAUAGAUCAUGAUGGCGAGUCAGGAAAGCUAUAUACACUUUUUAGUGCUCCAGACUACCCGCAAGUGUAUCCUUAUCUUGAUUUUGAUGCUGAUGACACGGACUUGAGUAAACUAGACUCUUCUCAAAUCGACAUAGAGGCCUCAACCUCCACCUUCUCUACUUCCGGAUGGUUCAGGCGGUUCCAAGAGCUCCUUUGGUGGAAGGGCUGCCUCUCCCACCUAACAUUAGAGUUUUUGCAGGAGCCUCACGCGGCUGCUUAUAAGUAUUUGUUCGAGCUUGUUGCUGGCCUGAAACACAUGAUUGCAACAAGGGAGACGGAGAACAAUGCUCGUGUAUCGGCUUUGCGAAGUAAAGCUAGGAAACGUAAGGAAAGAGGUCACAAUUGA